AUGUCUUCAAGUUCCCGCUUAUCUGCCAGCCAAAAAGAGGGUGUACAAUAUUCAUCUACCCCUAGUUUUCUAGGCCCAGAGUGGCUUGAUAACGCUGUUCCAAUCCCCGGUGAUAAUGUAGAGACGCAUUUUCAGGGUUUUCCAUUGCUGCCACCACUUGAUCCAACCUCUCCAGGAUCUUCUCAAGGCCACUAUGAAAAUUAUUAUGAUUAUCAGCCAAAAACACCCCAACAACAAGUACAAUACGAUCCGACUGACAUUGCUAUUAAAAAUUAUAAUCCUAAAUAUACAUCGUCUCAAAGCGCCAAAGUUUCUAAUAUAAAGUCUAUAAAGAAAUACACAUGCUCCGAAUUUUUCUACGAAUCAGAACAUACAUAUAAAUUAAAUAGACAUAUGAAAACCCACACGGGCGACAGAAGUUUGUUUUGCUGCCCUAAAUGCCCAAACACAUACUCUACCAAAUACAAUCUUAAAAGACAUGUCAACAAAUGCGAAGGUUGA